AUGCUCGAGAUGAAAAGUGUUGCUUUAUUGUCGCUGCGGAGAGGGAGUCGCAGGUACUGGAGGUCUUUAUACCUUCGACGAUUGAAUACUGGGGCAGAGCCCCCUCGCGGUGUGUCUGAUCGGGACCGGAUAUUACGGACCAUCCCACCGGUUCGACCGUCGACGCGGCAGCCGCUGCAAGCAGAGGAUCCCCCAAUGGACUUUACGCUGCUUGAAAAAGGGCUACAGAGGAGUAAUGCUGCUGCGACUGCGAACUCCGCAGAGUACAACUACGGGUUCCAAGGGUCGUUGCUGCCUAAUUUCGGGGACAACCAGCAUAUCAGUAUAGACAAGGAACUGGACGCGGAACUCUGUGCGCUAUUGACACAUUUCCGGGCCCCGAUUGAUUUUGCGUUUGGGUACGGUUCUGGUGUGUUUCAACAGAGCGGGUACAAUUCGGGCGGGAGUGCGCCGCAGACGGACCUGAUCCUUGCUGUUUCUGAUUCCACAGCGUUCCACACUUUGAACAUGCGGCAGAACCCGAGCCACUACUCCGGUCUGAGGUGGUUCGGGCCACAGGUAGUCUCGCGAUUCCAGCACAUUGGUGCAGGGGUAUACUUCAAUCCGUUUGUUGAACUGCAGGGUCGGCAGGUGAAGUACGGCAUUGUAUGCAUGGAGGAUUUGCUCCGGGAUUUGGCGACAUGGGAUAAGUUCUACCUUGCUGGGAGGCUUCAGAAACCCGUAAAGAUUCUGCGGGCGGACCCGCGAGUAACGUACUGGAACCAGAAGAACUUACAUGCUGCCGCUACGCUGGGGAGAGCGCUCGCGGAGCAGCGGCAUGGCGGACAGUUUAACGAGUUCGAGUUAUACAGGGAGAUAGCCGGAUUGAGUUACUUGGGGGACAUCCGGUACACUUUGGGAGGGGAGAACCCGCACAAAGUGGACAACAUUGUUUCGCGGAAUUUCGACCAGUUCCAGCUGUACUACGGCCCCAUUGUGCGGGACAUCAAGGCGGGCACGGCACAGCAGUACUUGCCGCCAGGUUACUCGCUGACGAAUGCCACACGGCUGCUGGAGAGGAAGAUCCGUAAAGUGAGCGUCUUGCAGACUUUGAAGGGGAUUCUGACCGCCGGUGCAGUCAAAUCUGUCAAGUAUGCCUGGAGCAAGAAGGUGAAGGCGUGGGGAAGACGACGUUGA